UUGGUAACUAGUGGGCCUGCCGGGGGGGGGCUCAGCGCACAGGAAUGUUCCUACGUGGCAGUGGGAGGGACACUCAGCGGGGGCUCAGUUAGUGGAGACUGGGAAGAAACGCUAAAGCUUGGGAGGGGGGGAGGAGCAGCUCCACCAGCGCGACCAGACCUGCCCGCUGCCCGGGGGAGGGGAACCAGAGGCGGGCCCACGGAGCGACGCGCACCGGGACGAUUCCCAAAUCCAAAUCCCAAAAAAAUGGCACCCUCCACUUCUCCUCACGUCCCCACGGCGCUGCUGGUCGCUCUUUUCCUCUCCACCGUGCACUCCCAGUACGAAAAGUACAGCUUCCGGAGCUUCCCCAGGCACGAGCUGAUGCCCCUGGAGUCCGCCUACAAGUACGCGCUGGACCAGUACACCGGGGAGAAGUGGCCGGAGACGGUGGAGUACAUCGAGGUGUCUCUGCGGCUCUACCGGCUGCUGCGGGACAGCGAGGCCUUCUGCAACCUCAACUGCAGCUCCGUGCGCCUGGACGACGAGCAGAAGUUCGCGGACUUCCCGGAGCUGCGCGCGUUUGGGAACGUGAUGAAGAGGGCGCAGUGCCUGAAGCGAUGCAAGCAGGGGCUGCCCGCCUUCCGGCAGACGCUGCCCAGCAGGGACACCCUGGAGGAGUUCGAGCGCAGGGAGCCCUACAGAUACCUGCAGUACGCCUACUUCAAAUCCAACAACUUGGCCAAAGCGGUUUCUGCCGCUCACACCUUCCUGCUGAAGCACCCGGACGACGAGAUGAUGCAGAAAAACAUGGCCUACUACAAGAGUCUGCCCGGGGCAGAAGAGCACCUCAAAGACCUGGAGACCAAAUCCUACGAGAUGCUGUUUGUGCGCUCCGUCAGGGCCUAUAAUGGAGAUAACUUCCGGACCUCGGUCUCAGACAUGGAGCUGGCUCUCAGGGACUUCUUCAAGGUCUACGACGAGUGUCUGGCCGCGUCCGAGGGGCCCCGAGACGUCAAAGACUUCAAGGACUUCUACCCGUCCAUCGCCGACCACUACAUCGAGGUCCUGGAGAGAAAAGUGCGGUGUGAAGAGGAGCUGACGCCGGUGGUCGGCGGCUUCGUGGUGGAGAAGUUCGUGGCCACCAUGUACCACUACCUGCAGUUCGCCUAUUACAAACUGAAGGACCUGAAGAACGCGGUCCCGUGCGCGGCCAGCUACGUGCUGUUCGACCCCGCCGACGAGGUUAUGAACAACAACGUGGCCUACUACAAGUACCACAAAACCCAGUGGGACCUCACGGAGGAGGACUUCCUCCCCAGAUCAGAGGCAGUGCGCUACUACAAUCAGACCACGCUGCAGCUGCAGAUGUUGGAGUUCUCCAAGAGGCGCCUGGCGAGCGACGACGAGGGAGAGGUGGUGGAGUUUAUAGACGAGUUCCUGGAUGAGGAUGACUAGCCCACAUCUGCAGAAGCACUGAAACUCUGAUGAAAAAACACUCAAAAACUGUGUAUUUAUUAAAGAUUUAAAAGGUAUUAAUUGAUCCACUUUUCUUAUCUGCAGCUAAAAAUCGGCUAAAUGAUUCAAUUUAGCACUCAGACAUCCAGUUUGGCCACAUGGACUCAAUGAAUUAAUGACAGAGGCCAAAAGGACAGAUGUAUUUUACUCUUUUUAUUUUUAUGAAUUCAUUCCUUCACUGUGAAUCAUCUCCCUUUUUUUUUUUUUUACAAUAAAAGAAUUUUACAAAAAU